UUGAGGCAGCGACGACCUUCAGGGUUAAGGCUAGAGGGUGGCUCUUUCCGGAGCCCCAAGCUUCGUCCCCAGGGAGCCAUGGCGAAGUCCAGGGGCCGUCUCUACUUUUGGAUGUACUUGGCUGCGGCGCUGGCAUCUUUCCUGGCAGGAUUUAUGGUGGGCUGGUUUGUUAAGCCUUUGAAAGAAACGACCACUUCACCACCCUAUGAUCAAAGUAUACGGUGGAAACUUAUAUCUGAGAUGAAAGCUGAAAAUAUUAAAUCAUUUCUUCGUUCUUUUACAAAGCUCCCUCAUCUGGCAGGAACAGAACAAAAUUUACUUCUUGCCAAGAAAAUCCAAACCCAGUGGAAGAAAUUUGGACUGGAUUCAGCCAAGUUGGUUCAUUAUGAUGUUCUCCUAUCCUACCCUAAUGAGACAAAUGCCAACUAUAUAUCAAUUAUGGAUGAACAUGGAAUUGAGAUUUUCAAUACCUCCUACUUUGAGCCGCCACCAGAUGGAUAUGAGAAUGUUACAAAUAUUGUUCCACCAUAUAACGCUUUCUCAGCCCAAGGCAUGCCAGAGGGAGAUCUUAUGUAUGUGAACUAUGCUCGUACUGAAGAUUUUUUCAAACUGGAAAGAGAGAUGAACAUCAACUGUAGUGGAAAGAUUGUUAUCGCAAGAUACGGAAAAAUCUUCAGAGGAAAUAAAGUUAAAAAUGCCAUGUUAGCAGGAGCCAUAGGAAUCAUCUUAUACUCCGAUCCAGCGGAUUACUUUGCCCCUGCAGUACAGCCAUAUCCUAAAGGAUGGAACCUUCCUGGAACUGCAGCACAGAGAGGGAAUGUAUUAAAUUUGAAUGGCGCUGGGGACCCGCUCACUCCAGGCUAUCCAGCUAAAGAGUACACCUUUAGACUUGAUGUCAAAGAAGGAGUGGGAAUCCCCAAGAUCCCUGUACAUCCUAUUGGGUAUAAUGAUGCAGAAAUAUUACUACGUCACAUGGGAGGAACUGCUCCACCAGAUGACAGCUGGAAGGGAAGUCUUAAUGUGCAUUAUAACAUUGGGCCUGGCUUCGCAGGGCAUGAUUUCUUCAGGAAGGUAAGAAUGCACGUUCAUAACACCAACAAAAUUACAAGGAUUUACAAUGUAAUUGGAACGAUCAGAGGAUCUGUGGAACCUGACAGGUAUGUUGUUCUAGGAGGUCAUCGGGACUCCUGGGUGUUUGGAGCUAUUGACCCAACCAGUGGGGCUGCUGUUUUGCAAGAAAUUGUCCAGAGUUUUGGAAAACUGAUGAGCGGAGGCUGGAGACCUAGAAGAACUAUCAUUUUUGCCAGCUGGGACGCAGAAGAGUUUGGUCUGCUGGGGUCCACAGAAUGGGCUGAGGAGAAUGCAAAAACACUCCAGGAGAGGAGCGUUGCUUAUAUCAACUCAGAUUCAUCUAUAGAAGGCAAUUAUACUCUCAGAGUUGACUGUACACCUCUUCUUUACCAAUUGGUGUAUAAACUAACAAAAGAGAUCUCCAGCCCAGAUGAUGGUUUUGAGAGUAAAUCUCUUUAUGAAAGCUGGUUGGAAAAGGACCCUUCAUCUGAAAAUAUAAAUUUUCCUAGAAUCAACAAACUGGGAUCUGGAAGUGAUUUUGAAGCUUAUUUUCAGAGACUUGGAAUUGCUUCAGGCAGAGCCCGUUACACUAAGAAUAGGAAAACAGAUAAAUACAGCAGCUACCCAGUAUACCAUACGAUUUAUGAGACGUUUGAAUUAGUAGAGAAUUUUUAUGAUCCAACAUUUAAAAAACAGCUUUCUGUGGCUCAGUUACGAGGAGCACUGGUUUAUGAGCUUGCAGACUCUGAAAUCAUUCCGUUCAAUAUUGAAGACUAUGCAAAAGCUUUGAAAAACUAUGCAACAAGUAUCUACAAUUUAUCUAAGAAACAUGACCAACAAUUGAGAGACCACGGAGUAUCAUUUGAUUCUUUAUUUUCUGCUGUGAAGAACUUCUCAGAUGCUGCUUCAGAUUUUCAUAGAAGACUUACACAAGUUGAUCUUAAUAAUCCCAUUGCAGUGAGAAUCAUGAAUGACCAACUGAUGCUCCUGGAGAGAGCAUUCAUCGAUCCCCUUGGUUUACCAGGGAGGCGGUUCUAUAGGCACAUCAUCUUUGCUCCAAGUAGCCACAACAAAUAUGCUGGAGAAUCAUUUCCUGGGAUCUACGAUGCUAUGUUUGAUAUUGAAAAUAAAGAAGACCCUCGUUCAGCCUGGACAGAAGUAAAGAAACACAUUUCUAUUGCAGCCUUUACAAUUCAAGCAGCAGCAGGGACUCUGACAGAAGUAUUAUAGUAAGGUCUCAGCCAAGUGGCUAACCAUUUAAAGUGUUACUGAAAGUCUGAGGAUAAAAUUCUUCCUUGUAUUUUGAUAACUUAUGAUGCCAGAAUAUUCUAUAAUCUUGCUUUUCAUGUCAUGUUUUGAUUUUAGACUUCCAUCCUGUCCAUCUGUAAAGAGGUGUUUUGGCUCUU